GGUUUGGAUGGUUUUGCUUGGCAACUGACCCAAUGUGAAAAUCUUCUGAAGACCAAUCAAGAGGCAAGGUCAUCCUAUGAGCCAUGCAGUUGCUGCAUGCUGCGCUGCCUAGCUGAAGACUGGCACGUGGGUCCGGGUUCACUCAUUUGAGAGGCAGCAUUAUCAGCUUCUAGAGUGGAGGAGAGAGCAUGCCCAUUUGGGAACUGGCUUUCCUGGGUGAUACGGGUGGUCCUUCAAUGGACUCUGGUGGGAACCCAUUCCCAGCCUUGCUCCGAUGCCAGAACAUAUUCCACUCAAGGAAGGCGCAACCAAGGAAAGGGGGAGAUCACCAAGAAGACCCAACUUGCCUGGCCCUUCCAAACACUGGUACUACCACCAUCCCUCCAGGACCUCCACAGUAAGGAGAGGCAGCGGAGACCAAUCCUCUAAGAUGUUCAUUUGGACCAGUGGGAGGAGCUCCACGUCGUACAGACAUGACGAGAGAAGAAAUAUUUACCAAAAAAUCAGGGAUCAUGAUCUGCUGGACAAAAGGAAAACAGUCACCGCUCUCAAAGCAGGGGAGGACCGGGCCAUACUGCUGGGACUGACCAUGAUGGUGUGCUCAAUUAUGAUGUACUUCCUCCUGGGAAUCACGCUGCUGAGGUCAUACAUGCAAAGUGUUUGGACAGCAGAGACACAGUGCACGCUCCUCAACAUCUCCAUCACAGAAACCUUCAACUGCUCGUUCAGCUGCGGUCCGGACUGCUUGAAAACCUCUCAGUACCCGUGCUUGCAAGUGUACGUCAACGUAUCGUCUUCGGGGCAAAAGUGCUUGCUUUACCACACAGAAGAGACAAUGAAAAUUAAUUCUGAGUGCUCAUACAUACCCAAGUGUGGCAAGAACUUUGAGGAGUCUCUGUCCCUCGUGAAUGUCGUCAUGGAGAACUUCAGAAAGUACCAGCACUUCUCCUGUUACUAUGACCCCGAAGGCAUUCAAAAGAAUGUAUUGCUAACCAAACUCUACAGCUCCAACGUGCUGUUCCACUCUCUCUUUUGGCCAACAUGUAUGAUGAUAGGAGGGCUUGCUAUCGUUGCCAUGGUCAAGUUGACCCAGUAUCUCUCCCUCCUCUGUGAAAGGAUCCAACGGAUCAACAGAUAGAAGCAGCCAGCUCGCUUCCGGGAUGGAUUGAUAGCUGAAAUACUGUUGUUGUUUUCUUUCAUUCUUCACCAAAGAACCUUAAGUUUGUAACGUGUACGUCUGUUCUAAGUUCCUUAUAUUUUUUAUGAAGUAGAGCAAUAAUGAAAAAAGGCUGUUCUAUAUGCAAACGUGAUGCUGUUAUUAUGCAGGUGGUGGGAGAAGGAAUCGCCAUUUGCGUUGGCCGUCUACAUAACCUUGGUUUACGCUGCAAAAUCGGUACUUCUUUUUCUUUUCCCUUUUCUUUCUUCCUCCUUUCUUUUUCUACAGCCAAAAUAGGGCUCAGUGUGACCCAUUUGCCAAGCCUUGUCGAUGAAACGCAUCACCGUUUCGUUGCAAACCCAUUCUGGAGGGAUGUAUCACAUUGCUGCAUGUGUGUCCGUGCGAACCGUUUUAAGUUCCACUUAAGGCUGCAGAGAGAGAAGGCGUGGGGAGUAGAAGGAAAUUUGGAGGACGGUGAGAGAGGGUUGAUUUGUCUGGCUGAAGUGGAACUAAGAUGGAUCCACAAAUGUCGUAUUUCCAGCUGCCUCCUAAACCAAGGUCCAAGGGCAGCCACACAUUAGCAGGAAGUCAGGGUGUGCAUUCUCUGCACACCCAGGCCCUGAUCCGGAGAACACGAAUCAAACUUCACCAACGCUAAAAUCUUUAGGACAUUUUAACCAUGGUUGAUUUUAUUGGGAUGUGAGCAGAACUUGCUUUCUUCUGGAUUGCAGGGGGGGGGCGACCCUCAAAGUUCUGGAUCAGAGCAAUUGUCUUCAUGUUGGCCUCAUGCUCAGGGUUAAGCUUUCCCUUCCGAUGUUUUAGACAUUUAUUUGCAAUAUCUUGGACUCACAGAUCAUUAUCUACCAAAGCUACAGCCGAAAAAGCAAACCCCACAAAUCAUAUUAAUCUACCACACCCGUCGACUACAUUCAUCUCCGACUCCAACCUGAGCUCUGUUGGCAGAGAUGGGACCAGAAAACACUUUCCGUACAAGUUUAUUCUCUGUAUAUUUUUUCCUUGUAUUUGCUACCAUAUCACUGUAAAGAAGAACUAAAAAAACAAAACAAAAAUACAACCCAUAGUCAGCUAUUUUUUCAUUUUUUACUUCCAACUAUUUUAGAUUUUUUUACUGUAUAUUUAAAAAAAAAGAAAAAAGAAUACUAGACAAGAGGACAAAAACAUAUAUUAAAACUAGUGGUGUAUUGUAAUACGAA